GUUGACGAACAAGCGUCGCGCGGCGAACCAGAUAGCGUGCAAGGGAAAGCGUUCGCGCAAAAAUAGAAGAGCAAGUGUCGGUAACAAGCUUUCAGUGUAAAACUCGACCAGCGGCAAUUUCGUGUUAAUGCUUGUCGAGCGUGGGCCGACUAAUCGUCCGGCGAUUGCUUUUACUUCUAUAUCGUGACCGGUCCGGGUUAGCCGCAGUCUGUCAGUAGCCGUGUGAUCGGCCGUGUUCGCGGUGGAAAGCUCUGUCAAUUGUCAUCCGGUGUCAUUACGCUAAAAACUCUGUUAAAUUCUCCAUUUAAUUAUCCGCUGGUCCAACAAACGAUCUCUGCACGACCAGCGUUUCGCAUUAUCCCCGACUAGCGAAAGAUCCAUAGAGUCCAGCGCUCCUAACGCGCGACUGAUUCAGCGAUCGUUCACGCAUCAGCCUCAUCGGUCUCCCCACUAUCCACCGGAAGUGUGCGACACCACCAAUCCCCGGAACGAAGAGCUAGGGCUCGUCAUUACCUUUGUCGAUCCUAUAAAAGAGUUCAUCGAGCGACAUGUCUCUGCGAAUCGAUCUUAUUCGGUGGUCAAGCCUAGCCACCAGUCUCAAGACUUCCAGACGGUUCUCCACUCUUACUGGAUCAACCCUUGGACACAGGGUUUGCUGUUCGGGAUCACUGGGAACAGUCAAUGCAUCCAGAACCGGUCAGCAGACCGUGCGGUUCGCGAUCUUGAGCCAUCGAAUCAUUCCCAACAGCUGCGGAAUGCCUCACGCUGUCGACGUUUGCUACCCACAGGUGCCGAGGCUGCUGGUAACUCACGCAGCCAAAAUCCCGGCUGUGAACAACAACUAUGAGUUAAUUGGAAAAACACCCUUGCUGAACAGCCCCGCGGAGCCUCUAGCUCCCAAAAUUCGUUCCUACAUCGAGGAAUGCGUCACCCUCUGCAACCCAAAGGACAUAUACAUCUGUGACGGCAGCGAGGCGGAAUACAGCCAUUUGUUGCAGCUGCUGGAGAAAAAUGGCACCAUUUCACCAUUGCCGAAGUAUAAAAAUUGCUGGCUGGCCAGAACGAAUCCCGCAGACGUGGCCAGGGUAGAGAAUCGCACGUUCAUCAGCACCGAAACGAAACGAGAAACCAUUCCCACUCCUCGUGAAGGCGUCACUGGAGAACUAGGCAACUGGAUCUCUCCUUCCAACAUGGACCAAGCCAUUCUGGAACGAUUUCCAGGAUGCAUGAAAGGUCGAACGAUGUACGUGAUCCCGUUCAGCAUGGGUCCAGUAGGGUCUCCGCUCUCCAAAAUUGGGAUAGAGAUCACAGACUCCCCUUACGUGGUCUGCUCGAUGAGGAUAAUGACUAGAAUGGGAAGCAAGGUCCUGGAGAGCCUGGGGGAGAAUGAUUUCGUCAAGUGUCUACACUCUGUCGGUGCCCCAAAGCUGGACACCAAAGUCACCGUGGUGUCAUCGUGGCCAUGUGAUCCAGAAAGGACCAUCAUCCUCCACAGACCAGCUGUGAACGAGAUCGUCUCUUAUGGAAGCGGUUAUGGAGGAAAUUCGUUGCUGGGCAAGAAGUGUCUUGCUUUGCGAAUUGGCUCGACCAUUGCUAAGAGAGAGGGUUGGCUAGCCGAACACAUGCUUAUACUAGGUAUCACGAGCCCGACGGGUAAAAAGCGUUACAUUGCUGCUGCGUUCCCCAGCGCCUGUGGCAAAACGAACUUGGCCAUGAUGCAGCCGACCUUACCAGGAUACAAGGUCGAAUGCGUGGGCGACGAUAUUGCCUGGAUGAGAUUUGACAGAGAAGGUAAACUGCGUGCCAUCAAUCCAGAGAAUGGAUUCUUCGGGGUCGCACCGGGCACCAGCUUCGCUACGAACCCAAACGCCAUGAAGACCAUCUUCAAGGACACCGUGUUCACCAACGUCGCCGCUACCAGCGAUGGUGGAGUCUUCUGGGAGGGUCUGGAGAAAGAGAUCAGUGAAAACGUGGAGAUCACCGAUUGGCGUGGGAAAAAAUGGACCAGGGAGUCGAAGACACCUGCUGCACACCCUAACUCUAGAUUCUGCAGCCCUGCAAGACAAUGUCCCAUAAUUGAUCCAGCCUGGGAAGAUCCAAUCGGUGUCCCUAUAGAUGCCAUCCUCUUUGGAGGUCGUCGACCAGAAGGUGUUCCUCUAAUUUAUCAGGCUCGAAACUGGCAGCAUGGCGUCUUCAUUGGAGCCUCGAUGAGAUCUGAGGCUACUGCUGCUGCCGAGCACAAGAGCAAGGUGAUCAUGCACGAUCCGUUCGCAAUGAGGCCAUUUUUCGGCUACAACUUCGGCCACUAUCUCAGCCACUGGCUUAGCAUGGAAAACGUGGAGAACGCGAAACUUCCGGCUAUAUUCCACGUGAACUGGUUCAGGAAAGGGAACGAUGGGAAGUUCCUUUGGCCAGGAUUCGGCGAGAAUUCUCGUGUCCUAGACUGGAUCCUUCGCAGGGUCGACGGUGAGGACAUCGCUGUAGAAUCUCCCAUCGGUCUUCUGCCUAAAUUAGACUCUUUCAACUUGGACAACAUGAAGAACGAGGUGAACAUGGAUGAGUUGUUCAGAUUACCAAGAAACUUCUGGCAGAAGGAAGUCGAACAGCUCAGGCAUUACUUCGAUGCACAAGUUGGCGAUGAUUUGCCCGAGGCCAUUCUCUCUGAGCUCGAUUUUCUAGCCAGUAAGGUAAACAAGCUCUAAUUGAGCACUCCUAAUAUCCUUUUUCGAGGAAAACUGUUGCUUCUAUCUCACGACUUUUAUUAUUUUUGGGGGGACCUAUGUGAGGUCCAGGAUCGAAGGUUUUAUGGUGGACAUAGUACUCUAGACGUACUAGAUAAUAAUUGUUUUUUUUUAUCAAAGAAUGAUUAUUGGAUUGCUGUUUAAAACCAUGAAUGUAUUACAAUGCUUAUUGUCCAAACAUUUGUAGCAUUAUCAUUUGAUACCGGUCACGCUGAUACUGGUUUUUCGAAAUUAUUUUCUUCAGAUUCCAUCUUCAUUUUCAUCUUCAUUAGGACAAGUAUUCACACUCCUUAAAAUAGUAUACAAGGGAAAAAUGAUUAUGUACCAAGAGAUAUGUAUUUUUAAACAUUAUUUUUUCAAUAAAACACUAUGGAAAAUAAAAUGGA